CUGCCGAGAUGCUCGCUCCUACUGAUAGUGACUGUGACUUCUAAGGUGCUUCAGCACCCGAGACCAAAACGACACCCACCCCGAGUAAGCUGGUACAGUGGCCUGCGUCCAGACAGUUGAGUGGGUCGGGCUGGAGACCUAGCGUCCAUCCCGGUGCUGACCAGGUCCUGGGCUGAGGCCGGAGACACGGCAUCCUGGGGCCCCGACACGGGCCCAUCUCCAUCUUGCUCAUCAACACCGCUUUCAAUUUCUUUCUUUCUUUUUUUUUCCUGAAAGCUGUGCACAGGAAGUUUCAUUUUCUUUUUCUCCUGAAGGCUGAUUUGGUUGGGCUGACUAGGCGUUAGUUUCUGGCAUUGAAGAAGUUGAUAUCUGCUCUAUUAAAGCUGACGUCCCCUCCCUUGUGGGUUCAGAGCUGCCAGAGCACUGGGCUCCACCACCUGAGGACACUCAGCCUCAACCCAGCCACCCUCUCAAGGCCGCACAAGUCUGCCAGGCUCCUUGCAGCUGCUGCCAGCAUGGCUGAGCCUCCUGCCGCCCUGGGGAAAGGAGGCGACCUUGAACAGAAGAUCCUGCAGGUACUGAGGGAUGCUGGCUCCCCUGUGAAGAGGGCCCAGCUGGUGAAGGAAUGCCAAGUGCCCAAGAAGGAGCUCAACCGAGUCCUCUACAAGAUGAAGGAGGAGUCGAAAGUCUCCCUCGAGUCACCAGCAACAUGGUGUUUGGCCAGGGGUGGGCCUGAAGGUGCAGCUCCCACAGACAUGGCCCAGCCCAGCCAUGCCGAACAACAGGAAGGCGCAGUUGCAACCCCAGAGCAGCCCGGCCCUGGGCUCAGUGAGCGACAGGCAGAGAUCUUCAGGUACCUGGAAAAGGAAGGGCCCCAUAGUGCCCUGGCCAUUGCACAGGCCCUGGGAAUGAGUACGGCAAAAGAGGUCAACCCAGACUUGUACAGGAUGAAAAGCAAGCACCUUCUGGACUUAGACGAGAAGUCAAAAAUGUGGACAAUUUAUCGACCAGAAGAUUCCGGAAGAAGAAAUCAGUCCUCUGAAGUUAUUUACCAGCAAAAUGCAGUCAAUGUGUUCUACCAGAAUGAACCACACACCCAGAUUUUCAUUGGAAACUCUAGCAACACCCAGAUUGGACAUGGGAACACCAUAACAACACAAGUAGCCUCUGGGGAAAAUGGUGCUACAGCUCCCCCACACCUCCCUCCAGUGGUGCCAGGUGAUUCUUCAACUCCGAAUGCCUGGGGCCCCCAGGACAUCCACCUGGAACAAUCCCUGCUCAGACGGGUACAGCUGGGACAUGGCAAUGAAAUGAACAUCCACGGCAUCCCAUCUGAAGACCUGAGACAUACGCCCGCAGGAAGCCCCCCAGUUUCUGCCACUGCUGACAGCCCGGAAGCUUUGUUUGAAGUGAGAAUGCCUGGACCAGGGUCUCAGCAUGAGGGGGACGCGGUCCAGAAAGUCAACAUCAAGCAUUGCUUCCUUGAGGAUGCCUCCAUCGGCAACGGCAACAGAAUGACUGUCCACCCAGUGGCAGGAGGAGCCGCAGGGUCUGGAGAUGCUGAUCCUGUUCAUGAAGCCUCACAACCCAGAAGCCAUUUCCCCCAAGACACAGACCAGGCUGCCCAUCACCACAACACGACGCUCAGCUCCUGGAUAGAAGCUAUGAGUCUGGGAGAAAGAGAACCUGGAACUGGAGAACGUAGCUUUAGGAUGGGGAGAACCCCAGACUUGGGGAGCCAGUGAGAAGAUGGGGUUCAGAAUGGACAGCCUCACUGAGCCAACCUCGCUCAGAAAGAGGCUGGGGACAGGUGGAUGUUGCCAGGCCUGGCUUGGUGCUCUCAGAUUCCAUAACCUUUGGUGGCCUACUUGCUUCCGCCCUCUGGCCAUCCUGGGUUAACUCCUAGGGCUGGGUCUGCUGUGGGGAUGGGCUGAGGCCAGGACUUCUUGUAACCCCCAGGUCCGGGGUCCCUGCCUUGAAUUGCCUUCCACUGUGGCUGCCUGCUGUGGUUUGAACGUUCACGUCCCUACAAAGUUCAUGUUGAAACUUAACCCUAUUGCAGUAACAUUAAGAAGCAGAGGCAUUUGGGAGGUGAUGAGGUCACCAGCCUUCAUCCCAGUGUUCUCAACCUGUGGGUCGUGACCACUUUGGGGGUUCAACAACCCUUUCACAGGGGUCACCUAAGACCAUCCUGCAUAUCAAAUAUUUACAUUACGAUUCAUAACAGUAGCAAAAUUACAGUUAUGAAGUAGCAACGAAAAUAACUUUAUGGUUGGGGGUCACCACAACAUGAGGAACUGUAUUAAAGGGUCACGGCAUUAGGAAGGUUGAGAACCGCUGCUUCAUCCCAAUCCCCAGACCCUAUUCCUGAAGCCUCACAACCUCUGCCUUCAUAAAUGGGAUUAGUGCCUUUGCAAAGGAGCCCCAUUUGCCCUUCCACCCCGUGAGGACACAGAAAUAAGGCACCUUCUUUGGAGCUGAGGCCAAGCUCUUGCCACAUACUCCAUAUUCAGGGACCUUGAUCUUGGCCUUUCCAGCCUCCAAAACUGUGAGUAAGAAGUAUCUGUCUAUAAGGCGUGUCGUCAUAGCAAGCUCAGCUCUGUCCCACUCGCCUCUCUCAAGACCUGUCUUCCUCAAGGCCCAUUAUGGCCACCUAAACUCUUUACCACCUGACCUUUCUAGAAUCUUCUCAGCCUUCCUCUCUCAGGAUUUCUUAGCUGCACUUCCAGGCCCUGGUUGAAGUCACUGGCUGACCCGUAGGUCAGGUGACUCCUCAUGGUCCAUCAGCAGGGAGCGCUUGUUCCAGACCUCAUGAGACCACUGCGAGGCUGAGUUCCCUUAGAAGGGGUGUGGGCUCUGGACACCUGCAGAACCAAGGGGGGAGGCCUGGGAGAUGGAUGAUGGGAGGAAGAUGGGGAAGGAUGCAGGAAGGUGGUGAUCAGCCAGGCAGGGUGAUUGUGGAACAAGGAUUGUGUCCUCCCUGCAUCGGCACACACAGGCACACAUGUGCACACAUGUACUGGCUUCCCAACACCCCAUUCAUCAGAGUGGGGGUCUCCCACCCUCGCCGUGUCUUCUCCACUAAACUUUAUGCCCUGGGGCUAAUGUCCACUGUGGUGGAGAUCGUUGGGGCCCAGUUAAAGGGUCAUUAAGAAAUUCAUCUCAGUUGGGCACCUGUAGCUCAGUGGCUAAGGCACCAGCCUGCCAAACAACAAUGACAACUACAAACAAAAAAUAGUCUGGCGUUGUGGUGGGCACCUGUACUCUCAGCUACUUGGGAGGCUGAGACAAGAGAAUCACUUAAGCCCAAGAGUUUGAAGUUGCUAUGAGCUGUGAUGCCACGGCACUCUACCAAGGGCGACACAGUGAGACUCUGUCUCAAAAAAAAAAGAAAAAAAAAUUCCUCUCUCUUUUCCCAAGGCCACUGGGAGGUCUGGAGGGCGGAGGCCUUGACGGGCUGAUCAGCACCUAAACCAACUCACAGAACUCACAUCUGUCCCUGGAAGGGGAGUCCUAAAGCAGUGUUUGAACUCCUGGCUUCAGUCAUUCCUGAAGCCGAAUCUAUUCUUGCCCUUACCCUGCAGCAGAGCUUGUAAGUCCCCUUCGAGCUGCUUCCCCAGUGCAGCUUGCUCCUCCCUGAACCCCCCCCCCCCAGAAGGCAUCGGAGACCCGGUUCAGCCCGCCUCCCCUGCAAGCCUGCGCCUCGGUGGCCUGUCUUGCCGGCUCUCGCUUUCUCUGUAUUCAAGAUUCAUCUGGCGCUGGCAGUCUUCCUUUCUUUGGGAUGCCAUGCCAUUCUCUUCCCCAUCUCCUCUUCUCUCACUCCCUGCUUUCUGCCCUCCUCUCUCUUUC